AUGGCACCGAAGAAACCAAAAGCCAAUGUAAAUGAGGAGAACAGUUUGUUAGGUAGUUUGGAUGAAAGUGAGUCACCACAGUGUAGUGAGUUAAAAAAUAUGGUGAAUAACUUAGCAGAUGAUUUCAAAAGGUUACAGACGUCUUUAUCUGGGGGUAGUAGGCAAUAUGUUGGUCUGUGGAGGGACCUGGGGGGUCACACUUUGACAUUUGUGCCUAAUGGACCAGUGCAUCCAAUGAACUUUUUAAGAAAAAUUAUGCAUAUCUUGGAUGAGGCUGGGGUGCCUGAAACCGCAAGGUUAAAACUAGUAACAGGGUGUUUGAGGGGCUCGGCUGCUGAGUGGGCGGAAAUCAAGGAGGAUUCUUUUGACUCAUUUCAGAGUUUCAUUGAUGCUUUCAUGGAUAGGUACUGGGGGGUUAAAGAACAACGUGCAUUGUACUAUGAAAUAAAGUAUGGUAAAUUUCGAUCAGGUAGCAGGGCAGAUUAUGUUCUCCGGAUGGCAAAACUAGCCAGUUUUUUGACAGACAAAAUUUCUGAGAGUGAGUUAGUGAGGUUUUUGUCACAGCAUUUUACACAAGAGCCAGAGAUUCAUAGGGCAGUUUUAAUUCAAAAUAUGAAAACCAUAGAGGAACUUGAAGGAUUUCUAAGAAAUUUAGAUGAGGUUGAUGCUACUAGUCGUGAUAGAAGAAAUGAAGGGAGAGGGGGGUACAAUCCACCAAAUCAUAAUGGUAAUCGAAAUUUUAGGCAAGAUGCUCAGGGAGAAAAUAACAGAAAUGAUCAGGAUAGGGCUAUCAGAUUUAUAGAUGUGGGAGAGGAUUUAUUGAGUGAAAUUGAGGAUGGUGGAGAUGGUGAUGAAGGACACCAGAUGAUUUCCUCAACUGUGAAAGGUAAUGUUUAUGGUGAAGAAGUAAACAUAUUACUAGACUCAGGUAGUCAAUGUUGUGCGAUAUCUGAUGAAUUUUACAAGAAAAUAAAUUCUGAUGAAAAUGGUAUAUUGGUAUUGCCGGUGGUAAAUUUCUCAGUUACGGGGGCAGUCGGUAAAAAGCAACAGCGAAUUAAGCAACAGGUUUUAGUGAAAAUCGAAAUUGGGGGGUGUGUGUUUGAAAUCCCUUGCAUAGUGGUGCCACAUUUGAACCGUUCGGUUAUUUUAGGAAGCGAUUGGUUUUUAAAGGAACAUGUCAAACUUGAUUAUGAUGAUUUAGUUUUAGCUGUUGAUGAAAAAAGUUUAAAGGUGAGAAUUCAGUUGGAAAGAAGGGAUGAGGCUCAGUUAUCGAUUAAUUUUCUACAAGAAGGACAAAUGAAGGAUAGGAAUAGACAUCGUUAUACAGAUUUCGAGAUAAAAGAAGUGGUUACUAAGGCGGAAUCGUUUGAUGAAAGGGAAAAACCGGGACAGUUGCUCACGGUGGAUUUAAUGGGUCCUCUGCCACCGUCGCGAGGGGGCGCUACACAGCUAUUUGUGGUGGUUAAAUUUACUUGUUUUAUAAUGGAUCUUUGGCUUAAAACAGGUGUUUUGAAGAAAACAGCGAUUUCAGCUACAGAUGCAGAAAUGCAGGGAUCUAACUCCAACAGGUACGGAUUUGUACAUUUUAAGGUAGGGGAAAUACGGGUAAAAUGGGAUACUUACGUUUGA